AUGGAUUCGUUACCGCCGAGCGAGAAAGAGAUGCCAGCAACAGAAGACCAGCCUGGUAGUACGGAUGCCACCGGUGUCAAAAAGGUCGAGGCCGUUGUACUUGCGUGGAACAAGAAGACUGUUUUGGCUAUUUAUGCAUGUGGAAGCGUGAUUCUCAAUGCGUACUCGAAGUUCCAAACCGCGCCCGAAGUUGCAACCGCCUCUAUCCUAGCUACAGUUGUCGGCGGAGUUCUAAAGCUCCCGAUCGCCAAGAUUCUCAACAUAUGGGGCCGUGCAGAAGCCUUGAUAAUCUUUACUGGUAUCUUCUUACUAGGCAUCAUUGUACUUGCAUCUUGUGGGGGGCCGAAUGGCUAUGCCGCGGGCUACGUAUUGUACUGGGUUGGCUAUGAUGCGAUAUACCUUAUACUGAAUGUAUUCAUUGCGGAUACAUCUGGACUUCGGAAUCGAGCAUUCGCGUUUGCUUUCUCUAGCACACCUUUUAUUUGUACUGCGUUUACUGGUCCGAGGGCAGCGCAGUCUUUUCUGAACAUGACCACUUGGCGAUGGGCAUAUUAUGCAUUUGCCAUUAUUUUCCCUUUUGUUUUACUCCCUCUUGCUGCUGCUUUCAAAUUUUAUGAGCGCAAAGCUGGCAAGCUGGGUUUAUAUCAGAAAGAAAACGCCAGUCGCACGUGGAUCCAAUCGAUUACUCAAUACAUACACGAGUUUGACGUUGUUGGUGGUGCACUUCUCAUGGCAGCAUUCAUUUUACUUCUCCUACCCUUUAGCAUGGCCACCUACGGACGGGCCGGAUAUUCUUCAGCAACCUUCAUCGCCAUGCUAGUUAUCGGUUUUUGUCUGCUUUUCGUCUUCGCUGCCUGGGAGAAGUUCUUCGCCAGAAAGCAGUUCAUCCGAUACGAACUCCUCAAGCAGCGAACAGUUAUCGGUGCCUGUCUACUAUCCGCCAUAUCAAGCCUUGGCUACGCGGCAUGGGAUCUCUACUUCAUGAACUUCGUCAUGGUGGUAUAUAACCUCAGUAUCUCCAACGCUGGCUACAUGGGCCAAAUAUACAACAUUGGUUCUUGCUUCUGGGGUCCAUUAUUUGGAAUAUACAUUCGACAAACUAAGCACUUUAAAAACGCAUGCCUCUUCUUCGGCCUACCACUUAUGCUGCUCGGAUCCGGUCUUAUGAUCCACUUCCGCAGUCAGGAUGGAGGAAUCGGUUACAUCGUCAUGUGUCAGAUUUUUAUUGCUGUUGCUGGUGGCACGUUAGUAAUUGGGCAGGAGAUGGCGGUUAUGAGUGCUGCAGAUCAUGACGGUGUCCCAAUGAUGCUUUCCAUUUUGGGACUAUUUGCUAGUCUCGGUGGAGCAGCAGGAAGCACUGCUUCUUCUGCUAUUUAUACAAAUGUCUUUCCGAAAAAUUUAAUCGCCGGCUUACCUGCUGCAUCUAAGGCUGAUUGGAAUACUAUCUAUAUUGGUGGUUAUGUCGCGCAGAUGGAAUAUCCUAUGGGAUCUGAGAUUCGAAAUGCUAUUGACGCUGCUUGGGGAGACUCGCAGAAAUAUAUCUGCAUUGUGGCCACGGCAGCGGUCGCAUUGGGCUGGCCUUGCAUUGCUAUCUGGAGGAAUGUGAAUGUGGAUAAAAAACAAGUCCCGGGUGUUGUGCUUUAG